AUGUCAAAAGAUCAGGAACCAGCAAAAGAUUUGGAGUUGGAAACAUCCCAAAAAGAUUCUGAUAUUAAAGAUCAAGAACCAACAAAAGUCUUGGAGGUGGAAACAUCCCAAAAAGAUUCUGAUUAUUUAAAUUCUGAUGUUUCAACGGUAGAUAGCCAAAGUUCAGAAGAAGAUUUAAAAGAUAUACCCAGAGUGGUUUUAGAUGUGGUGACUUUAGAAGAUGAUCCAAUCUCAUUAAAAGAUAUAUUCACAUUCAAAUAUAUACUACUAAGUAUAAUAUUCAUUGUUCCUGGAGCUUUCAUAGAUACAAUGAAUUCAUAUCGUACUACUUCAGCUGCUUACUCGAUAUUUUUUGUACAAAUUGCAUCGCAUUACGUCGGUAAAUGGUUAAGUAAAAUACUUCCUCGAGAUAAGUCGAUUGGCUUUGGGAAAUACAAAAUUUUGAUUAAUGAUGGUAAACCUCAUACUAUAAAACAUACAGCAAUGAUAGUUUUAACUGCUUCUUCUGGAGCUACUGGCUCUCUUGGGCUAAACUCACUAAGUCUUGCUGAAAUUUAUUAUAAUCAAACUAUUAAUCCUGCAGUUGCAUUAUUUUUUAUGUGGUCAAUUGUAUUUUUAGGUUAUAGUUAUGCUGGUAUUGCAAGAAAUUUUUUAAUUUAUGAUCCUCAAUAUACUUUUCCUUCAGCUUUGAUGCAAGUUAAUUUGUUUAAUACUCAGAAAAAAGCAGAUGAUGAUACUGGGAAUGGUAAUAAGUUAAUGAAAAUUUUCUUUUGGGUUAUCAUUGGUGUUACUAUUUAUCAUUUUUUACCAGAAUAUAUAAUGCCAUUGUUGACUUCAGUUUCAAUAAUUUGUUUAUGUGGAAGUAGAUCAUACAAGGCAACUUUCUUAGGUAGUGGUCUUGGUGGUGCAGGAAUACUUUCUUUAACUGGUGAUUGGGCAAAUGUUACAAGUUCUAUUAUGAUUAAUCCUUAUUUUAUUCAAGUUAUUCAGUUUAUUGCUUAUGUUCUUGCUGCUUGGAUUUUAAUACCUUCAGUAAAAUUUGGUAAUUUAUCUAGUUUCAAAGCUGGAUUAAUGUCAAAUAGUUUAUUUUUGUCAAAUGGUACAAAAUAUCCAUACACCAGCAUAUUGACUCAUGAUUUUCAAUUAAAUGAAACUAAAUAUGAACAAUUAGGACCCGUAAGAAUGGGUGCUCAAAGAUGUUGGAAUAUGUUUUUUGAUUUUGCUGCUUAUGUUUCAGGUUUUGUUUGGGUAGUUUUAUUUGGUUAUAAAAGUUUACUGACUUCAUUCAGAAAAAUAAAAGCUUCUUUCAAAAGUAAAGGCUCAUUGUUUCAACAAUAUAAUGACAGAUUGAAUAAAAGACAAUCUGUUUAUAAAGAUGUUCCAUUAUAUUGGUUUGCAAUUUUAUUUGGUACUUGUUUUAUAACUUUAUUAGUGAUAUUUGCUACUAAUAGUUUAUUUAUGCCUUGGUGGUGUCUUUUUGUGGCUUUAGCAUUUGGUAUUGUUAUUGUUACUCCAUUAUGUUGGCUUUAUGCACUUACAAAUUUUCAAUUACCAAUUGGUACUUUCAAUGAAUUGAUCUAUGGGUAUAUGAUUCAAACUCAAAGUAAAAGACAUCCUGCUGGUGCUACUGUUUAUGGUGCUAUAGCUGGUGAUUUAUUUUACAGAUGUCAAUAUAUUUUAAAUGAUCAAAAAAUUGGUCAUUAUAUGCAAUUACCACCAAAAGCAGUGUUCAUAUCACAGCUCUUCGGUGAGUUAUUGGGAGUACCAGUCAAUUGGGCUGCCUUUAAAUGGGUGGUUUCAUCAAAGAAAGAGUACUUGAAUGGAACAUUGAAAGAUCCUUCGAAUAUUUGGACUGGUCAAUCAAUUUCUUCAUAUCAAACAACUGCCAUACAAUAUGUUGUUUUAGGACCAGCUAGAAUGUUUAAAUUAUACCCAGUAUUACCAUAUGGAUUCUUAGUUGGGGCUCUAGCACCAGUUUUACUUUUUACUUUACAUAAAUUUUUCCCCAAAUCAUUUUUAAAAUUUAGAUUAUGGAACACAACUGUAUUUUUUUCAACAAUGGCUAAUUUUUAUGGUAAUAUAUCAACAGGUUAUUUAUCGCAGUUUAUUGGAGGUACUAUUACAAUGUUUUAUAUGUAUCGUUAUAAACACCAAACUUGGAAGAAAUAUAAUUAUUUAUUGGCUGCUGCUAUUGAUACUGGUUAUAAUUUAGCAGUUUUAUUAAUAUUUAUAAUUUUCGCUUCUGGUAAACUGAUUCCAAUGCCUCAUUGGUGGGGAAAUAAUGCUGUUAGUGUUGAAAGAUGUUUUGCUUAUGCUGAAGCAGAGGGAUAG